AUGUCCGACUCAUCCAAUCCCAUCAUCUUCAAGCGGCGGUCCAAACCCUCAACACGUACCAGGCAAUCUUCUGCAGAACCAGAAAUCAAAGAUGCCGGAUCAGACUCACCCAGCACGCUAGCUACGCGAUUGAAGACGAAGACAAAACGCUCUCAGCCCAAGUCAAGACUAAGCUUUGGCGGUGGCGACGAUGAGGAAGAGGGGGCGGAAGUGUUCAAGGUGAAAAAGUCGAAUCUCAGCCAGAAACUCUCGCUGGGCACUCAUCCUUCUAUGACACCCUUGCAAUCUCGUGACUCUCCCAGUCGAGGCCCUGUCUACGAUCAAGCGUAUUUGCAGGAGCUCAAAGCCAGCACGCCCAAUGCACGUCCGCCACCCGUGCACGACGACGCGCAGGAUGUCGACAUGUCUAUCGACAUCGAUGCGUCUGUCACCAAUCUCUCCUUGCAUGAUAUAAGCGGAUUGGACCUGCCUGACACCAUGAUACCGGCUGAGUCAUCGAUCCGAGCGGCCAAGGAACGAAGGGAACGAUUAAGGGCGACUGGCGCAAGUGUCGAGAACGACUACAUCUCUCUGUCUGUCGUCAAACGUGGCGAUGAGCCACAAGGACCACAUCCCGAGAGUAGGCUCGUGCGAGAGGAGGACGAGUUGGGCGAGGGAGACGACGCUCAGAUUCUCAUAGAGUAUGCCGAAUAUACAAGCGCGCAGGACAGAAUCGCACUUGGCAAAAAGUCGAGGAAGCUCGAGGCAUCCAAACGCCGUGACCAGAUGAAAGAGAUGAUCGAGGACGCAGAUGAAGUCGAUGAGGAAACGGAUGAAUGGGAACAGGAACAGAUUCGGAGAGCUGGACACGCUUCAUCUGGCCAAGAGGCUUCUCGGACCAAGGAACCUAUAAGCCAGCCCCCAGUGCUACCUACCUCGACACCACUACCUGUCCUCAGCCCGGCUCUCAGCCGGCUGAAUCAACAACUUGCUCAACUGACCAUGUCUCAUGCAGAAAACACGAGCGCUCUAAACGAAAUCGGCAGGGAGAGGGCCGAAGUCGACAACCGUGAGGUUGAAAUGCGAGAGAUGGUCGAGAAAGCCGAGAACAAACGCGCGUGGUUUAGCGAGUUCAAGGACUGGGUCGAAGGUGUAGCGGCGUUCCUUGACGAGAAGUAUCCUCUUCUCGAAGCGUUGGAAGAGGAACACUGCUCACUGAUUCAAGAGCGCUCCGGUAUGGUCAAGACACGCCGCAGCGCGGAGGAUGAGGACGAUAUGUGCACUUUUCUGGGUGUUGUGCGUCCUCCGGAAGAAGAGGAACUGGAUGAAUUUGGGCGCGCGAUUCCGAAAGCUACUGCCGCAACACGACGUGCGGCUCGCCUUGCUCGCCGCCGACGAAGGCACCCAGAUCGGCCUGUUAAUGACUUUGACGAGACGGAGGGAUAUUCCACGGAUUCAUCGCUGCCACCGUCGGACCUGGAUGCGUACUCCAAGGCGCUGGCCUCUCUUUACGAGCGAGCGGCGAAGAUUUUGUCCGACGUGCAGGCGGAAGAGUUCCGGGAGCCCGGGAAAGGCCGAUGGAGUGUCUGGCGAGAGAGAUAUAGCGAAAGCUAUGUCGGAGCUUGGGGUGGUCUCGGCGUCGUCAGCGUGUGGGAAUUUUGGACGCGGCUGGAGAUUGUCGGAUGGGACAUGCUCAAGGAGCCAAAAAGUCUCGACAGCUUCAAGUGGUAUGAGGGUCUGCAUGAAUACAGUAGACCGAAUGGAGAGGACCUUGGGCCCGAUGGGGACUUGGUCUCCUCCAUGAUAUCCACUGUCGUCAUCCCUCGCCUAUGCAAGCUGCUCGAGUGCGGGGUAUUUGAUGUGUACUCUGACGCAGAAUGCCGUCGCAUGUCGGACCUCGCCGAGGAGAUCGAAGCUAGCAUAGAUGCCGGCAAUACCAAAUUCCUGGCUCUGUUGAAGUCGGUGGCCGGGUUGUUCACGACGCUAUCACCGAUAUCCGGUCUCUAUACGACAGACAUCACGGACAAGCCAGCUCCAAUUUUGAUCCCGCAACAAUCCCUGCCCGCACAAGAUUGCUGAACCGCAGCAUGAAACUGCUCCAGAACACGGUCCGAUGGAGAAAGUACAGUCGCGAUCGCUUUGGGAUCGGGGAUGACAUCCAAGUCCUGGUUUUAGUCAUUACAGAGAUUUCUCAGAAUGCUUGGGACGGUGGACAGUCCUUUGCUAAUCAGGCACGUGCCAUCGCGUCCGGCCAAGUGGGUAGCCUCAAGUUUCUUCCACCCUGAUGGUCAGAGGAUCACCACCAGCUGUUUUCCCAGGCAGGUGAAGCGGGAAUGUGAUCCUUGUACUGUUUCGAGAAUACCACAUGAAAAGCACAUGAGGAUAUCCGAGGGCGUGAGCCGAUGUAAAAUUGAAUAUCGUGACACAACAUGUCAAAAGUGGUUACGCAAACGGCAUCACCCCAAUCCGCGAUUCACAGUUCAGCCUCAUCGCCCAAGUUGGUCCAAAGGUAGAUCAUCUCGCAGCGCUUCAUCCUUCACCAUCUCGUUCCUGAGUCCCUGGGGUCUAAGCUGGUUUGGAGCUUGCUGAAGGCCUCGGCGAACUCGCAGUGGACUAGAUUCGUGUCCACAACGGAUCUUGCAUGACUUCAUAUGUGAUCUAUCAUAUGCGCGCACUUGCUGGGGUAACGGAAGUGGGCGGCGAGAACGUGGGCUUGGCCGGAUGCACGCGCGCGGGCCCGACUUCCGGAACCAUCAGAAAUCUCUUACUUAUCCAGCGGUGACAUGAGCUCUUACAGCGGCAAAACGCGGCAACUGGUUUCUGUAAAGGAUGCUGCUCCCCUAUAAAUAACCCUAGUUGAGCGGCAGGACUCCCCGCUUUCCCUCCCCGUUACCCCAGUCCACUCUGAGGCGCGAUCUCUCAUGUCUCUCUCCAAAGUUCCCGACGAGCUGUUUGCGACACACACCGAAACGACUGAAAAAGACAGCCACAUUGAGCACGUCGACAACGUGGGGUACUUUGACGACGACGAUUUCACGACCUAUCCUAAUGCUUGGUCCCGGUACCGAUUGAUGUUCCGCGAAUAUGUAGCAGAGUUCUUGGGGGUCUGCAUCCUGAUACUCUUCGGCAAUGGUGUGAACUGCCAGGUGACACUGUCCGCUAAUACUGGAGUGGCCGCAUCUCAACAAGGGAGCUACUUGUCCAUCUCGUUUGGCUGGGCGAUCGGCACGGCGAUGGGUGUCUGGGUAUCCGGCGGUAUCAGCGGUGGACAUAUCAAUCCUGCUGUCACUAUCGCACUCGCUACUUACCGUGGGUUCCCGUGGAAAAAAGUGCCGGGCUACAUUCUCGCCCAAGUUCUCGGCGGCGCUGUCGGCGCUGCUCUGGUUUACGCCGACUACUAUCAUGCCAUUAACGUCUUCGAAGAUGGACGUCGGACAUUAGCGACUGCGGGCUUGUUCUCAACUUAUGCUCUGGCAUACAUGCCCAACGUCGCCUGUUUCUUCUCCGAGUUCCUCGCUACUGCUGUGCUCAUGGUCAUGAUUAUGGCUAUCAACGACAAGAAGAACAUGCCAGUGCCCGCGGGGACCGGCCCUGUCUUCCUGUUCCUGCUCAUUCUGGGCCUCGGCGCAUGUCUCGGAAUGGAAACCGCCUACGCGUUGAAUCCUGCUCGUGACCUCGGCCCCCGCAUCACCACGGCUAUCGUCGGAUAUGGAAGACAGGUCUUCAACUACAGGAAUCAGUACUGGCUCUGGUGUCCGAUCCUCGGUCCGAUUCUGGGUGCUCAAGCUGGCGCAUUGUUCUACGAUGUCUUCCUCUACACUGGCGAUGAGAGCCCCAUCAACCGGCCGAACGCUGCAGCUCGUGCUCGCCAUGCCCGGGCUUCUCGAAACAUGCGGAAAAACAUGCCUGCCGGCCCCGGUGCAGAGGAACGAGUGUGAACGACCGAUUCGACGAUUCUUCCACGCCCGACAGACGCUAACAUCCAAGUUAUACCAUCCGUG